AUAUGUAAUCCAUUGAACAGAACUUGCAUCAGCGCAUGGACAACGGCACUCGCCGACAAAGUUAGGUGUUGACAGGGUCUGUUUUCGUUCAUUUACACAUUCUAUACAUUUAUCCAACAUCCUGUUCCUGCCGGCCUAAUGAAGCUCUAUAUAAGUGAAGGCAACCCACACUGCCUAAAAGUAGUAGCUGCUGUUGAACUGACUCUAGUACAAUGUGAUGUACAAUGUGUCAACCACGAAGAGAGAGUGGUGCCCUUCCUCAGCCGUCCUGCCCUGCCAGCACUGCUCCUGCCCAGUGGAGGUCACCUAUUCAGCUCCAACGCCAUCUGCCAGUAUUUGUUUGAAACAAGUGGACGGAAACCCAACCCCCUCAUCAACCAGUGGCUUGAAUGGGAGACCACCGAACUUCAGCCUGCCCUGCUGCAGGCCCUCCAUAUGGCAGUGUUGCAAGGCAAAGCUACAGAGGCCUCAAAGAUCCUCCAGGGGCCCCUCUCCUACCUGGACCAAUGCUUGAGCAAGGGGAGCACGCCAUGUCUGACAGAGGAAUCCGUUUCGGUUGUUGACGUUGUGCUUUGGGGCGCUCUUCAUCCUUUUCUGUCUGACUCCAGUCCAGCUCUCGGUGAGUGGAAGUGUGUGCAGGCGUGGUUUGAGCGGCUGGCGGGUGAGAAGGCGUGCCAGGCAGCCGUUCUGAAGGUUCUACCCGGGAAAGGCCUGGAGGUCCUGAAGCCCUUUGUGCAGAGGCAGCCCGCACCCACCUCCAGCCAGCGCAGAGACCCACAGUCAUGCAACAGCACCGCCUCAGAGGCAGAGGACGCGGUGCGUGUGGUGUCUGAAGAGGAGAUGGAGGCUGCCGCCCUGACCUGGAGGAGAGGCCUGACCGCCUGCACAGAGCCCCCAGAGAAAUCACACCCCAUUUUACCUCAGGAGGGCCGGCGGAACCUGCUGCUGACCAGCGCGCUGCCGUACGUCAACAACGUGCCUCACCUGGGCAACAUCAUCGGCUGUGUGCUCAGCGCCGACGUCUUCGCCAGGUACGGGCGCCUUCGCGGCUGGAACGUGCUGUACGUGUGUGGCACGGACGAGUACGGCACGGCCACGGAGAACAAGGCCCGCGAGGAGGGCCUGACGCCGCAGCAGAUCUGCGACAAGUACCACGCCGUGCACGCCGAAAUCUACAGCUGGUUCCAGGUGGACUUCGACUUCUUCGGCCGGACCACCACCCCGAAGCAGACCGAGAUCGCCCAGGACAUCUUCUGGCGUCUCCACGAGCGGGGCUUCCUAUUGGAGGACACGGUGGAGCAGCUGCGGUGCGAGGGCUGCCGGCGCUUCCUGGCCGACCGCUUCGUGGAGGGCGGCUGUCCCCACUGCAGCUACCCCGAGGCCCGCGGGGACCAGUGCGACAAAUGCGGGAAGCUCAUCAACGCCGUGGAACUCAAGAAUCCCCUGUGUAAGGUCUGCAGCAAGACGCCUAUCAUCCAAUCAUCCAAACACCUCUUCCUGGACUUACCCAAGUUGGAGAGUCAGCUGGAGCAGUGGCUGGACAAGUCGACGGCCGCGGGCGACUGGACGCCCAACGCCAAGCAGAUCACCCGCUCGUGGCUCCGGGACGGCCUGAAGCCCCGCUGCAUCACCAGGGACCUGAAGUGGGGGACCCCAGUACCGCACCCCGACUUUAAGGACAAGGUGUUCUACGUGUGGUUCGAUGCCCCUAUUGGCUACCUGUCCAUCACUGCCAACUACACCGACCAAUGGGAGAAGUGGUGGAAGAAUCCCGAGCAGGUGGAGCUGUACAACUUCAUGGCCAAGGACAACGUGCCGUUCCACAGUGUCGUGUUCCCCUCCUCCCUACUGGGAGCCCAGGACAACUACACCCUUGUCAAUCACCUCGUUGCCACGGAGUACCUGAACUACGAGGACACCAAGUUCUCCAAGAGCCGCGGCGUGGGCGUGUUCGGAGACAUGGCCAAGGACACGGGCGUCCCCUCAGACGUAUGGCGCUUCUACCUGCUGUACGUGCGGCCCGAGGGCCAGGACUCGGCCUUCUCCUGGGCCGACAUGGCCCUGAAGAACAACUCUGAGCUGCUCAACAACCUGGGCAACUUCAUCAACCGAGCCGGGAUGUUUGUCACCAAGUUCUUUGAGGGAUGCGUGCCGGCGAUGGAGCUCCUCGCGGAGGACAAGACGCUGCUGGCCCAGGUGGGCUGGGAGCUGCGCCAGUACAUCUCUCUCAUGGACAAAGUCAAGAUCCGAGACGGGCUGAAGCACAUCCUGAACAUCUCUCGCCAUGGCAACCAGUAUAUCCAGGUCAACGAGCCCUGGAAGAAGAUCAAGGGAGGGGACCAGGACAGGCAGCGUGCGGGCACCGUGACGGGCGUGUCGGUCAACAUCGCCUGCCUGCUGUCGGUGCUGCUGCAGCCCUACAUCCCCACCACGAGCCGCACCAUCCGGGAGCAGCUCAACGCCCCCGCCGCCUGCGUGAGCACCAUGCUGCACGCCGGAGGCAGCUUCGUCUGCUCCCUGCCCGCCGGCCACGCCAUCGGCACCGUCAGUCCAUUGUUCCAGAAGCUGGAGGCGGACCAGAUCGAGGCUUUGAAGAAGAAGUUUGGGGGACAGCAGCCUGAGGACGAGCCGCCCGUUAAGAAGGCCCAGAAAGUUGCCCCGGACGCUGCAGCUGCAGCAGCUCCCGUUGCCGUUAACGACGGGGCGGUGGUGAGCGGUGCUGACCCGGAGAGAGCAAAGCAGCUGAUGCAGGCCGUUGCCGAACAGGGGGACAAGGUGCGAGUCCUGAAGGGACAGAAGGCGGAGAAGGCGGCCAUCACGCUGGAGGUGAACAAGCUCCUGGACCUGAAGAAACAGCUGGCCCUGGCCGAGGGGAAGAGCGCCGAGCCCACCGCCCCCCAGAAGGGCAAGAAGAAAUGAAGAAAUGAACGGACGGAGGUGAGGCGACGAAAGGGAUGACUCACAAUACAGUGCGAGUGAUCAAACCAAAGGAGGGAGAACAAGAUGUACACCCAGAGAGGGAGAGGGUGUUUUAGCUUAAGGCAAAGCCGUGACGGGAUCUGAGACAAUGUAGUAGUGCUGGCACCGGGGUCUUAAGAAACGCUGGCUAGGACAGACGGGAAUCUGAGGCUGACUCGUUUGAAUACAGCUACAGAAUUGGAAGAACGAAAAACCUCUGCACAAAAAAGGGAAAGCCGUUUUUUACCUCGCUGUGAUAAGGUGGUGGACGGUGUGUUACGUAUCGAAUACUAUUGUUUUUAUAGAUAUAUUCCCUGAACGGUGUUCUUAUGCCGUUUGCUGAAAAUAAAUCCCUAUGAAAAUAGAA